AUGAGCCCCACGGAGCAGUCCGAGUCGACGUCUCCCAGCGCUGUGGACGUGGUCAAGGCAGCAAUGCAACAGCAACAGCAACGAGACGAGCAGCAGCAACAAGAGCAGCAGCAAGAAGAAGAAGAAGAAGAAGACCAGGAGGACCAGAAGCAAGUGGAAGAGCAACAAGAUGAACAACUAAAGCAGCAGCAGCAGCAGCAACAAGAGCAGCAAGAGGGAGACCAGGAGAAGCAAGAGGAGGGCCAGGAGGACCAGGAAAAGGUCCAGGAGGGCCAACAGGACGACCAGGAGAUAGGAGAGGAGCAGCCACGUGGGUACACGGACUAUUCCGUGUUCAACACACCGACUGGACAGGCGCCAGUGUCUGCGGCGGGCGGUGACCGCGCUCGGUUCGAGUCGUCAGAGUCUUCCGACUUCUUUGACUUCUUGCACCACCACUCGGACGACCACAUUCACGUGUUUGACGCACCGCCAGAGGUGCACGUGGUGGGCGGUCGCUCUGAGGAUUCCUGGCCCACGCGCUACGUCGAGUACGAUGUUGAGUUGAAGUACAAGACGUUCAAGUGGAAGGUCGAGAUCUCCAAGUCGGCCAUCUCGAGUCUCUGGUUUUACAUCAAGAGUCGCCCGCACCUGCGUCAUGCACCGUCGUCUGUUGCGUUUAUGCCAUCGGACGACCACGGUGUUGGGUCCUCAGGUGUGCCAGAGCCGACGCCGUUGACCUCUGAGUCUCGAUGGCCGCAGCUUCGCAAACUGUUCCUGUCGACUGGCGAGAAGUCUGUGAGCCGCGAGAUGAUUGCGCUCGUGCAGCAGUUGCUGGACACAGUAGUGAAAGUGCCGCGCUUGCUACGAUCGCCGUAUGUAGCUGCGUUGUUCCAGGUCAGUAACUCGACGUUUGAUGAUGAUAUGGGUCGAACGUCAGUCCGUGAAGGUUGGUUGAAGGCGCGAUUUUGGCUGAAGGGAAACCGCGAGAACGUCCGGAUCAACCGCGCGUCUGCGUCAUGGGACAACGAGUGCUUCAAUUGCAUGUGCGUGGUCAAGCGCGUGAAUCUUCGUGCCAAGAGCUUGUGCUGGGUCUCGCUGAAGACGUCGAGCAUCGUCAUUUACGACUCGAUCGAAGACACGCACGCGCACAAAGCCUUUUUGUUUGACAAGAAGUUCAACAUCGAGCGCGGUCUUGCCACCACGGGCUCUACCACGACAAUGCUCGUCUCGAACGAAACGUACGUACUUCAGAUGGAAGCAAAAACGAAGCAGGUGCUCAAGAAGUGGGCGAACGACAUUCGACGGGUGGCAGAUGCCUCCAACUGGUCGCAGUCACACCGCGAUGGAUCGUUUGCUAUUCCACGCAACCCGGCACACGUGACGUCGUUCGCCCAGUGGUACGUGGACGGCUGUGGCGCCUAUGAAGCCAUGUUCCACGCUCUUCAGUCGGCCAAGAAGGAGAUCUUCAUCGCUGGCUGGUGGGUUUGUCCAACGAUCCAUUUGCUGCGUCCUGCCGAGCAAUACCCCGAGUCGAGACUGGACCUUGUGCUGCAAAAGAAAGCAGAAGAGGGCGUACGGGUGUACGUGCUGAUGUACAAGGAGAUUGCGAUGGCGCUGACGCUGAACAGCAUGUACUCAAAGCAGGUGCUGGAAAAGUUGCACAAGAACGUCCACGUGCUGCGCGACCCGGAUUUCUUGAUGAAGCAACUGGGCUUGUGGUCGCAUCACGAGAAGAUCGUGAGUGUCGAUCAGCGCGUGAGUUUCGUGGGUGGCUUGGAUCUGUGCUUUGGUCGGUGGGAUACCCACGAUCACGAAUUGUUUGACGAGCCCGGGAAGCCAACGAAUUUUGUGGGCAAAGACUACUCGAACCCGCGUGUCAAGGACUUCAUUGAAGUUGACCGUCCUGAAGAGGAUAUGAUCGAUCGGAAUACUGUGCCCCGUAUGCCGUGGCACGACUGCCACUGUCGUCUGGAGGGUCAACCAGCUCGGGAUGUGGCCCGUCACUUUGUCCAGCGCUGGAACUAUUCUGUGUCCACGCGCAAGAAAUCGCGCAAGCUGCACCACCUCGUGCCAAUGAAAGACUACCCGGUGGUGAAUGUUGACAAGCGCAACCCAAAGAAAAUGACGAAGCGGUUCCAGAAGGCUGUGCGCGCCGUCCGUGCAAUGCGCGGGUUGUCGAAUGCUUGUGCGAACGGGAGUCGCGGCUUCAAUAGCGAUCGACGGAUGGCACGCAUGCUGAGUAGUCAGCAUAUGUCGGACGAUAUGCCGCCUGCACACGACGACAAAGCAGGCGUGAUUCUCGAUCUGCCUGACGAAGACGAUUGUGAUGAAGCGUUUGAGAGACACCAGCAGAAAGUGGAUGCUCGAGGCUAUCGUGUCAAUACGCAGAUCUUGCGCAGCUUGUCGCUAUGGUCAGGAGGUGUGGCCACGGAGCGCAGUAUCCAAGACGCGUACAUUCGUCUCAUCGGCUCGUCAAAGCACUUUGUCUACAUUGAGAACCAGUUUUUUGUGUCAGGGCUUGAAGGAGAUCAUGGGUGCUCGAACCGCAUUGCAAAUGCUCUGGUGGAGCGAAUCAUUCGCGCGUCAGACAACAACGAGAAGUUUCGGGUGAUGGUAGUGAUGCCGUUGUUGCCAGCUUUCCCCGGCAAGCCAGAUGACAAGGACGCGAGUAGUCUGCGAGGUGUGAUGUACUGGCAAUAUCGCUCCAUCUGUCGUGGCGAGCACUCGAUGUAUCAGCGUUUGUACCAAGACCUGGAGGAUGACGACCCGUUCAAGUACAUUGCGUUCUAUGGGCUUCGCAACCACAGCAACCGCGAAGGUGCUCAAGCCCAGACCGAGGAGGUUUACAUCCACAGCAAGGUGAUGAUCGUUGACGACCGUUCCUGCAUCAUCGGGUCUGCGAACAUCAAUGAGCGCAGCAUGUGCGGUGACCGUGACUCUGAGAUUGCCGUGCUCGUGGAAGACCAUGAGCUGGAGAAGGGGGUCGCACUUGCCGGUGGGGCGUACAAUGUGGGCAAGUUUGGGCACUCGUUUCGUAUGAAGCUGUUUGAGGAGCACUUUGGCAUUGAGCCCGGCACGCCGUUGUAUGACAAGUACCGAGACCCGGUGGAGAAGGAUGCGUGGUUUUCCAUGCAAGAGCAAGCAAUGAACAACCACCAGAUCUACGACUCGGUGUUCGGCUGCCUUCCAUCCGACAGCGUCACGACGUUUGCGCAAAUUGAUUCGCACAUUCAGUCGGCACAAGGACUCGAUACUUCUGGUCGUGGUGCAGACGAGGCCGUUGCCGCCGCGCUAGAAAGCAGUGCUGGUGCGUUCAGCAACAACGGUGAAAGCAGCCGUGCGUCCUCCUCGAUGAGCGCCUUGGCCAUGUCGCCUCACGACAGUGCAAGGGCGAGGCGAACGAAAGGGAGCAAGUCGGCGUUCAGUGGCGCGAUGAACGUCAACAUGAAGGAGAGUGCGCACAUUGCCGAGAAGAAGCACGAGCUGAGCAAUGUGCAGGGCCACAUUGUGUACUUCCCGCUCGAGUUCCUCGUGGACGAGCAGCUGGAGCCCAAGCUGUUCCCGGCCGAGCUGUUCCAGUAA